CCUCAUAAUAAUGCGGAGCUUUAAACAUGGUGCAGCCUGGCCCAUAUAGUCCUUGGGGCUUUUGAAGUUUUUGGGUUCGAGACUCGACUGUCAUCUCGACACGAUGGCCGAUUCCACUAGUACUGAACUUCUGUGGGGUCCGGGGGUCAUUGGAUUCGUGAUUGCUACAGCGUUCUAUGGAGCAGCUUUCGGGCAGUAUAUCUUCUACCUGAGAAAUUUUCCGCAAGAUUCGAAAAUAUUCAAAUUAUUUAUAAUGAUGGUCUUUUGUCUAGUAACAAUAAACCAAUACGCCUUGAUAGGGAUGUACUGGUCUAUCCUUAUUUCGUGUCGUCGUAGCACGUCUCUUAAGUGCAUGACUGAACUUCCGUGGCAGAUGCUGCUAGGGGUACUUGUGUCGGCUUGGAUCGUGUUCGCAGUUCAUUGCUUUUAUGCACACAGAGUGUGGAUAAUCACAGAACACAAUCGAUUCAUCACAAUCAUAAUUUACGCACUCGCCACUACAUCACUCGGUUUCGGCAUGAUCACAUGGGGUUUAAUAUUCCGCUCGAUGAGCCCUGAAGCUCUAUAUGGCACAAAAUGGUUGCAAUUCGCCGCUAUGUCUGGUGCAUUGUGUGAUCUUGUCAUUGCAGGGGCGGUCUGGUGGCAUCUGCGUCGCGCACGCACAGGAAAUAUCCGGUCAAAGUCGAGGAAUCAUCUCAAACAACUGACACAGAUUUUCAUUAACAUGGGUUUGAUGUCUUGCUUUGUGGGGGUCACGAUGGCUGUACUCUACCAGGUCCAGAAUGGCCAGUAUUAUUCCGCUGCACCCGGAUCACUGUUAGCGAAAACCUAUUUUAACUCGAUGAUGGCAGUACUCAAUGCUAGGAAGUCAAUUCGCGAACGACAACGACUUGCCCGCACUGCAACGGAGCUUCCUACCAUACCUACUAUACGUUGAUCGUUCGCUUAUGCUGCCAUUGGAUCUACCCAAUCCCUCACAUGGGAGAGUAUCUGAUCAACGAUGCGUCAAAGACGAGUGGUGUACUUAAGGCUUGACUCGGGCUCGAUGUUAGACAAAAGUUUAUAUUUUUACUAAUUCUAUUCUUGUUUCUAUUGAAAAUUCUUUGCCUCACUGUGCUGCUCCUCUC